UUCCGCGUUUGUCUGUUUUCUUUUUCAAUGACUCAAUGUGGUUCUGUCAAGAAGUGUAACCCACGCGUCGCUUCAAACAUGUCAUAUAAACAAGUAACACAUGUACUUUUUGAUAUGGACGGCUUGUUAUUGGAUACAGAGAGACUGUACACAGUUUCGUUUCAGGAAGUUUGUGACCGUUUCAGUAAGAAGUACACAUGGGAAGUAAAGUCGUCUGUGAUGGGAAAGAAGGCUCUGGAUGCUGCGAGAUUUAUCACAGACAAACUGGAACUCCCAAUGACACCUGAGGAGCUCCUGGAGGAGAGCAGGAAAAUUCAGGAGAGAUUAUUCCCCACUGCCUCUAUUAUGCCAGGUAUAGAAAAGCUUAUCAAUCAUCUCAACAAGCAUGGCAUUCCUAUUGCUGUGGCCACAAGUUCAGCAGGCUUGACUUUUGAAAUGAAGACCAGCCGUCAUAAAGAGUUCUUCAGCCUCUUUAGUCACAUUGUACUUGGAGAUGAUCCAGAAGUCAUGAAUGGCAAGCCACAACCAGACAUCUUUUUGGUGUGUGCCAAGAGAUUCAGUCCCUCUGCAAACCCAGAACAGUGUCUGGUGUUUGAAGAUGCUCCAAAUGGGGUAAAGGCAGGCCUGGCAGCUGGGAUGCAGGUGGUGAUGAUCCCAGAUGAUAAUCUGGACCGCAGCCUUACCGAGGAGGCCACCUUGGUACUCAGAAGCAUGGAAGAUUUUAAACCAGAGCUCUUUGGACUCCCAGCCUACAAAUGACAGUAAUAAUCAGAGUGAUUACAAUAAUGCUGCACUUUAUCUCGUGAGUUUAUGAAAUAUAAAAUCAAGCUGCAGCAUGGCUCAUGCAGUCAAAAAAACAGAAGAAACUGAUCUUUAUUUCUGUUAUCUGUGGAUUUUGUCAUCCAGGUGCAAAAAAUAAUGUUUUUCUUGUCUUUGCAUCAUUGUUCCAAAUGAUCACCUGAGGGACACACAAACUAAAUUUGAUUAUUCGGCUCAGUUGGGCUUAGUUAAACCAAAAAGCCAUAUUGACAUUUUGCAUUUGAACCAAUUACAGUGUGUAUUGUUGAAUUUUAUCCAAUUUAUAAUUGUACAAUCUCAUGUAUUUGUGUUCUUUCUACAUGUGCCUAGGUGUGUAAAUCUUUUAUUCAGUACAGCUUUCAACAUGUUCACAACAUUGCUGUCAUGGUUAUUAUAUACAGCAUGUGAUGGUUUAACAAUACUGCUCAACCGUAUGUGAAUUCUAUUACCAUUACCUUUACUCCUAGGAGAGCUUUAAAAAAAUAUAAACGAGAUUUUGGGGUUCCAUCCACGUGUGAUAAUCCAUUAACGCAGAUCCGAGAACGCAGCAGAGACCAACACCUCAGAGAACUUAAGCCCAUCUCCUUCAACCCCCCCUCCGGUAACAAGAAAAGUUUUUUUUCUGGCAUCCACUUCCUCUGUAUAUGCCACGUCCUUUCAUCCUCAAAGAUGGGGUAUUCUGGGAAGCUUUUCUUUCUGUAGGACUUUCCGUUCCAAGAAGGCCUUUUACAUGUCAUUUAAUCUAUUCAUUUACCAUGAACUAAUAAUUGUAUUGCCAUUAACCACCAUUAAAAUUGCGAAUCACUAAUUUGUUGAUUUGAUUGUUUGAAGAAAAACAAUAAAUGAGACCAAUUAAGCAUCAUGAUUUUGACAAAGCACUUGUGUGCACAUGUGAGAACAUGUGUACGUGGUGUAUGUGAAUAGACUGUACCUCCAUUGAGAAACAAACCUGAAUGAAGAGUGAAGAAAACCUUUGUGAUAUUUCUAUUGUUUAAAUGUCUGGCGGAACAAAUAAAACAACAUUUUAGUAUAUCAUUGACCUCUAUGAUGUUAUACCAAAUGAAUGAGUGUUGGAGUAUGACAUUUACACUAAUAAAUAUGAGAUUUC